GCUUUUCGUCGUGAAAGGAAAGGAAUGAAUACGCUUGCCUUUCACGCACACUUUAAAAUUUUACCUUUUACCCAUUUUAUAUUGUACAUUUUAACAAAAUUUUAAAUUAGUCUCAAUCAGUGAAUCACUCGUGUAGAAUUUUUACCUCCGUCAGUCAGUGAACUCGGUUAUUAACUAUCCUGCUUACACAUUUUGUGUUUUAAGUUCCGACCAUGAGUUUCAACAAAAGAAAGUUUGGAGAUAAGGGCGGUGGGAUGAAGAAACCAAGACAUGGCGAUGAAGAGGAAGAUUUUCCAGGUUCGUUUGAAGAGGAGCUUGCUUACAUGGAGGCUACAGAAUCUCAGGAAAAUGAUGUUGACAUGCCAGACAGCCAGAAAGAACAGGGCCCGGAAACUAGAUCCACCAAUCAAAAAUGGAGUAGACCCGCCCCUCCAGACUUAGAUCCAAAGAAGGAUGGCAUCAUAUUCCAGCAAAUUUCUCUGGACAGUUAUACUGGUGAACCAGUGAAAGGAAUGCCUGGGUCACAGUUAGGACCUGUUCCUAUCUUCAGAAUUUUUGGCAUCACAAUGGAGGGAAAUUCUGUUUGUGCUCAUGUCCAUGGAUUCUCACCGUACUUUUUUGUAACAGCCCCUGCUGGAUUCAACGAGUCCCAUUGUCGUCCUUUCAAAGAUGCAUUGAAUCGAACUAUACUAAACGACAUGCGUGGAAACAAAAGUGGUAUCCAAGAAGCAGUUCUAAUGGUAGAGAUUGUAAGGAAACAGACCAUGUUUGGCUACUGGGGAGACGAAGUUAAGGACUUUCUGAAGAUUACGGUUGCCCUUCCUCGGCUGAUUGCUGCUGGAAAACGACUUCUCGAGAAAGAAGCAGUUUUUCCAUCUUUUCCAAACCAUGCAUAUAAAGCAUUUGAGUCCAACAUUGACUUUGAUAUCAGGUUCAUGGUGGAUAAAAAUAUUGUAGGUUGCAGUUGGGUAGAACUUGGUAAAGGCACGUGGCAGAGACGUCCUCAUUCAGAUCUCCGCGUAACAUCCCGGUGUCAGAUUGAGGUUGACGUCAGCUGCGAAGAUCUCAUUUCUCAUUUGCCUGAGGGUGAAUGGAGCAAGGUUGCACCUUUCAGAAUCCUUAGCUUUGAUAUUGAAUGUGCUGGCAGAAAAGGAAUAUUUCCGGAGCCAAAUCAUGAUCCUGUCAUACAAAUCGCAAACAUGGUCGUACAGCAAGGAGAGCCUGAAAUAUUCAUACGAAAUGUGUUUACGUUAAAGGAAUGUGCCCCCAUUGUCGGAUGCCAAGUAAUUAGCUGUGAUACUGAGAUGGAAUUGUUACAGAGAUGGUCAGAUUUUGUUCGAGAAUCGGAUCCUGAUGUAUUCACUGGUUAUAAUAUUAAUAAUUUUGAUUUUCCUUACUUAAUCAAUAGAGCUAAGCAUCUCAACGUUCAUAAUUUUUCCUUCUUAGGUAGGAUAAAAGAUACAAGAUCUGUCAUCAAGGAUCAAAUAAUCCAAAGCAAACAGAUGGGGAGACGAGAAAACAAGAACAUAAAUUUUGAAGGUCGAGUGCCUUUUGAUCUUCUAUUUGUUUUACUUCGUGAUUACAAACUCAGAUCUUAUACUUUAAAUGCUGUGAGUUACCAUUUCUUGCAAGAGCAAAAAGAGGACGUUCACCACAACAUGAUAACUGAAUUGCAAGAGGGUACUGCUCAAACCAGGCGCAGGUUGGCUGUUUACUGUUUGAAGGAUGCAUAUCUACCAAUUCGUCUUCUUGAGAAACUGAUGUGCUUCAUCAACUACAUGGAGAUGGCUCGUGUAACAGGCGUUCCCCUUGCAAGCUUAUUGACUCGUGGUCAGCAAAUUAAAGUUGUUUCUCAACUCUUACGGAAGGCUCGUGAAAAAGGAUUCUUGAUGCCCACUCAUACGGGAGGUCAACAAGAUGACCAAUUUGAAGGUGCCACAGUCAUAGAACCAAAGAAAGGCUACUACAACGAGCCUAUCGCAACGCUCGAUUUCAGUUCACUGUACCCUAGUAUCAUGAUGGCUCACAAUUUAUGCUACACUACUCUCCUGCAGCCAAAUAUGAAAGACAAACUGAACCUCUCUCCAGACAUGUAUGUGAAAACCCCUGCCCAAAAUUUUUUUGUGAAAAGCUCUGUUCGUAAGGGUCUCCUGCCAGAAAUCUUAGAUGACCUCUUAACAGCCCGUAAAAAAGCAAAAGCUGAUCUGAAGAAGGAGACAGAUCCUUUCAAGCAAAAGGUUUUGGACGGUCGACAGCUUGCUUUGAAAAUUAGCGCUAACUCAGUAUAUGGAUUCACAGGAGCCCAAGUUGGAAAGUUGCCAUGUCUCGAAAUCUCUGGUAGUGUUACCGCUUACGGCAGAACUAUGAUUGAGCAAACAAAACAAGAGGUUGAACAACACUAUUGUAUCGCAAAUGGUUUUAAAUACGAUGCAGAGGUUAUUUAUGGUGAUACUGAUUCUGUAAUGGUACGUUUUGGAUUUGACAACCUAGAAGAGACAAUGAACUUGGGGCGUGAAGCUGCCGAGUAUGUCACAUCAAAAUUCAUAAACCCCAUAAAAUUAGAAUUUGAAAAAGUAUACUUCCCUUACUUAUUGAUCAACAAAAAGAGAUAUGCUGGUUUGUACUUCACGCGACCUGACAAAUAUGAUAAAAUGGACUGCAAGGGUCUAGAAACAGUUCGUCGUGAUAAUUGCCCUCUAGUCGCCAACGUCAUGAACAUGUGUCUCCAAAAACUUCUAAUAGACAGAGACCAAGUGAGUGCGGUAGCAUACGCCAAAAAAGUAAUCAGUGAUCUUCUAUGUAACCGCAUGGACAUCUCUCAGCUGGUAAUAACCAAAGAGCUCACCAAGUCAGAUUAUGCAGCAAAACAGGCUCAUGUUGAGCUUGCUAAGAAGAUGAAAAAGCGUGAUGCUGGAACAGCCCCAAAACUAGGUGAUCGUGUUCCAUUUGUCUUUUGUGCCGCUGGCAAAGGGACCCCUGCCUAUGAAAAAGCAGAAGAUCCAAUUUUUGUUUUAGAAAAUAAUAUGCCCAUCGAUGCAAACUAUUACCUAGAAAACCAGCUCUCCAAACCCUUGCUCAGAAUAUUCUCCCCUAUUCUUGGAGACAAAGCUGAAUCAGAACUUUUACGAGGGGACCAUACAAGAACAAAAACAGUCGUUACGUCCAAAGUUGGAGCUUUAGCUGCUUUUACAAAGAAGAAAGAGACGUGCCUUGGUUGCCGUGCUGUAUUGCCUUCUAAUCUUGAGAAGCAAGCUCUUUGUGUCCAUUGCUCCAAAACAGAAGCUCUAUUUUAUCAGGAAGAAAUGUAUAAAUAUAAGCACUUAGAAGAAAAGUUCUGCCGACUGUGGACUCAGUGUCAGCGUUGUCAAGAAAGUUUACACGAAGAAGUCAUAUGUACCAGCCGUGAUUGUCCAAUUUUCUAUAUGCGCAAGAAAGUACAAAUUGAUUUGGGAGCAUCAGUAAAAGCAAUUCAGAGAUUCGGAAAUCCUGUCUGGUGAUUUUUAGCACCAUUGAUCAUCGUCAAAUAACUGUCCUUCAUAAUUUUCACACUCGCGUAAGUGUUAAUUUAAGUAUUAGAAAAAUGUUUUAAACUGUUUCAUUCUUUUAAUGUUCUGAUUCACUCAAUUUUGCCCUCCAUUUGAGGGUCGGCAUGGCACAGAGUUGUCGCUGCCAUUCUCAUUUCCUGUAAUUAAUCAAUAGUUCAUUGUUACCUAGCGUUGCCCUUUUUGUCGCAAA